AUGGAACGACAAGCAUCUCGGGAUAUGAUUGAUGAACACGAAGAACAUACAGUUGGAAGUUUAGAUACUUCUAUGGAUAGAUAUUUAGAAAGUCAUGGAUUAUGGAGAAAACGAAUUCCUCAAGAUGGAUCAAGUUUGUUUCGUGCUGUAUGUGAAGCUUUAUUUUCGACACAAGUUCAUCAUUAUGAUGUGCGAUUGAAAUGUAUCGAACAUAUGUUAUUGUAUUCUAAUGAAUAUAGUCCAUUGAUAGCAAUGAACUUAAAUGAAUAUGUCACUCGUUUAAAAGAUCCAACAACCCCGGGUGGGAUGUUGGAAGUCGAAGCACUUGCACGGUGUUAUCGUGUACGCAUUGUUGUUUACUCCGGUAAAGAUCAUUCACCUGUUGAAUGUCAAUAUGGUCCGAAGAAGAUCAUGUUAUCGUUAAUCGGUUACCAGUUCGAUCGUGUUGUUACAGAAGAACGUCGACGACAUUUGGGUAUCGUUCAAGGUAAAGAUUUUCUUGGAAAUUAUCGAAAAUUGAACGAACAUUUCGUUUCAGCUUUUAUCUACAAACUUAUCUAUAGUGAAGUUUUCAACCAAGCAAAAGUCUAUGAGCAAGGGAUAGCGAUUCUACGAAAAUCGGAUACACUUUAUUAUGGAGUUAAAGGUGCUGGCAUGCAAAAAAAAUCCGAGCGAAUUGAUAAGAAAACUGGUCAUGAAUCGAUCCCUGUGCCUUAUCGUACAGCGAAAGCAUUUGAUCCAGCUAUUUAUCGGAAUGUUGCUUACGAUGUUUACAUGAAUGAUCAUUUUAAAAAAUAUUCGGAUCGAAAUCUUGUUAAAACACAUCCACAAGCUCCAUUUAUGACCCACAAUCGCUUAAUUGAACGAUUUGGUGUGAAAAUGCAUUUGCCUGUUUCGUAUAUAAAUCUCCCCGGCUGUCAACGAGUUAUCGUCAUUCUCUCGAAUUCCGAUGAACUAUUUGCUUAUUACGUUGGCGAAGAUCCCGAUAUCAACAUGCACAAUGUUUAUGUCGUGAAAUAUGGUUCAAUGAUGAAAACUACAAAAGAGAAGAUGGUAGAAUUUCCAUCCACACCAGGCCGUCGACCUGUGACAUUCGCAGUUUUAAAACGAAAUACCAACGUUUACCGAAAACUGAAACCUUGUUUGGAUGCAAGUUCCCAAUUCUUCGAAGAACGUUCAUCACGACGACAAAGACAACCAGCUCUUGAUUAUGCCAACAAUCAACCAGUUCAACUUUUUCGUCCAUAUCAACCGUUGAUGUCACCAAUGAAUCCAUCUGCUCUUUGUUCACCACCGCUUGAUAAUUAUGGUCCAAAUUCGAAUUGGAUUCCGCCAAAUCGUCAACCAGUACCGAUGCUCAUGCCAAUGAAUAAUUCUGAUCAAAUGCAACUACAUCAUCGUCUAAGUGUUAAUGUUACUGAUCAUUAUGAAUGGACAGCAAAUCCAACAAAUUAUUUUUCGGCUUAUCCACCACCGGUAACAACAACGAAUUCCUCGAAUAUAGAUGCCAUGUCAUUGAAUGGAAGUUUAAGUAGUAAUACAAGUACAAAUGAUAGUUCAUCUUAUCCAAUCUUAGCAGCACCAUUACCAACAGUUUUUUUAAAUCCAUAUCCUCAACAAUCACCAACGGAACAACAAUCGUCACCGUUUGUCCAACCAACAGUAUAUUUUCCACAACAAAUCUCACCGAGAGUAAUGCACGAACAAAACGAUGGUGCAACAAAUAAAUUUCAUCCAAAUCAAACUCCAUUUGUUGUUAUGUCUCCAUCUCACCCCUUAAUGGCACCUGGACCACCUGCUUCUGGAUUUCAUCAUCCUAUUCCAAUGGUACCACAUAUUUAUAUGGAUCCAAUGACUUGUUCUCCUAAUGGUACGAAUGGUUAUGCUCCGCCAAGUCAACCAAUGGUAUCUCCUCAACAACAGCAGCAGCAGCAGCAAUCAUCUGCAACAUUUCCAUAUUUUUAUCCUUCAUCACCUUCUACUCCAUGGAUUCCUCCGGGUCCUACCGCGACCCCUUAUUUCAUGAUAUCCAGUCCUCAUUUUUCAUGUCAACAGUUAAUUUGA